AUGUCGCCGGGCCACUGCUCCGGGCAUCUGACCUUACACUCUCCGGCUGUCGUUGGGAAAGAGCGGCUGCUGGGUUGCUGCUGCUUUUGUUGCUCCUCGCGUCGAUCGUCCAACGUCCGGUCUCGUUUGCUACGAGCUCGUCACGACAUGCCUGAGAUCACCAAGUCUGUGGCGUUCGACAACAUCGCGCGUGAAUGGCGCUGCAAAUGGUCUGCUGACAAGGACAAGGCGUCCCUGGAUGCCGCCCAAGAGCUCUUGAAGAGCGUCUUGCCCGAGGUCAAGGCGGUUCCUGGCGUGAAGGGUGUGCAGCGUGUGGUCUGUGGGGGAUGCCUGGACUUCAAGGUGGUGGUGAAACUGUCAGCCGACAAAUUUCCUGACUGGGAGAAGACGGGCUUCGCACCCGAGGCCGCUUUCCUCGAGAAGCUGAAGGCCAUCGACGGCAUCUCCAUUGUGGAGACACAGACCUACACCUUGGAGGAGGUGUAGAGGAGGAGCCAAGCCUGGUACCGAGCCGCAGUGCUGCACCGGGCCGCGGCCAACCACAGAUAUUACAGAUCCGGUGAAAACACGACCUGCAGGUGAUUGCUGGUGUGUUUUUCAGGGAAAGAUUCCUGGGUUAUAACGACCGCGACCGAAGCCUGGAAUCAUGGUGGGGAAUCAUCCCCAAAUAGCCGAACUUUUCAGGUGAGUGAAAUAUUGUAAUUUUCUCAGGAAAGAUGGACGCCAC